AUGGAGAUGAACGAGCUGAUAGAUCGCAGUAGUGAUGAGAAAGAAAUUACUACAACUAUUGCUAGUUCAGCAACAAGUGUUACAGGGGAAGAUUUAACGCUAAGUGACCAAAAGCCUAUUAGCAAUAAUAAUAAUAAUAAUAAUAAUAAUAAUACGGAAAAUCAUAGUAUGAAUUCGAGAGUGAAUAAACAGUUCAACAGGUUACCGGAAAAUUUAAGGCUUAACGGUAGAACACCAAGUGGUAAACCAAGACUAUUUGUCUGUCAAGUUUGCACAAGGGCAUUUGCUAGACAAGAGCAUUUGACGAGGCAUGAAAGGUCACAUACAAAGGAAAAGCCUUAUUGUUGUGGUAUCUGUAAUAGAAAAUUUAGUAGAAGGGAUCUACUUUUAAGGCAUGCUCAUAAGAUCCAUGGCGGUAACUAUGGUGAUACUAUUAUUAAACAGAAUAAUGUUAAGGAAAAUAGUAAUAAUCGGGUUAGUAAAGGUAGGCGAAGUGGAUCUGUUACAGCUGCAAAUGCUGCAAAUGCUGUAAAUACUGCAAAUGUUGCUGCAACAAUGACACCAAAUCUUUCACAUCCAUCGUCUCUGCCACCGAUUAGAGGACGUAGAGCUUCUUAUAGUGCACAAUCUGGGAAUUAUGUGGCGCCUGCUCAGAAUGAACAAUGGCAUAAAGCUGAUAGGGUCAAGUUUUCAACACCCGAGUUAUUGCCAAUUAAUAUGAUGGAUGAUGAUUUAUCAAAUAAUGCGACAAAAUCAAAUAAUUUUGACGGUAUUGGUGAUGAUGGUAAUUGUAAUGGUAAUGGUUUUAUGGAAAGUAUCGCACCUUUAGAACUAAACGCGCCCUGGGAAUUUAACAUGUUAGACUCUAAUGAUUGGAUUUAUGAAUACAAUAAUCAAAAUGUGACAACUUCCGGAUCCGCAACGGCGGCGGGUGGGCCCACCCCUGGUGAUUCUCCAAAUAGUUCAAGUGUAGAUCCUAGCAAUUCUAGUAUUCGCCUUGGAAAUUUUCCGCAAAGUUCUGGUGAACUACGCCGUGAGACUAUUGAUAACAGUUAUUUUGAAAAUAACAAAUCGAGAAAAUUAUCUUGGGCCAUUAAUGAAGAGGAUGGUAGAUUGCAAGUGAAAUCUCUAUUCAUGAAUCGAAAUAAUAGUGCACCUCUACCAAGACCAAUCCGUAAUGUGACAAAGAAUAUUGGUUCACCAAGUAGGUCAUCGAUAAGCGGUAGUGGAGCUUUAGGGGUACGUGAUUCUUUAACCGGAUCAACUGCUUCUGCAACAACACAAACAACGACUGCAACGACCGCAGCAACAACAACAACAACAACAACUGCAGAAACAGAAGAUGAUUGGCUCCCUAUGGCUAAUCAUACUGAUAGCGUUUCAUCAUCAGUGGCGCCUUUGCAUACGAUUGAUGGGAACUCAAACACGGGCGCCUUGCUGGAACAGUUCAAUCGUUUAGAAUUCAAUGAUAAUGGUAUGGGAGAUUUGUCAGAGUUCACAAAGGAUGUACAAACGAUAUUCGGUCAUUAUAUUCAGGAUGAACAAUCUGAUGUUUACAAUAUUCCUCAUCAAUUUCCUUUAUCAUCUAGUAAUGAUGAAAAUUUAACGGAUCCUACGAUGGGAUCAACAAAUCAAACUUCAACGAGUGCUAAUGAUAAUUAUACUUUUUAUGGUUUGGACUACUUGACACUUUCCAAUAUUUCGAGAGCAUCACCUCCAAAUAAUCUCAAUUCUGAAGAUUUACCAUCGUCUAAAUUGUUCACACAUGAAUUACGUCAAAUUUGUCUACAUUCUUUGAGAUAUUAUAGUAAUCAUUGCAAUGGUGUUUUAGGUUCAGAUCCAGUUUUCAUCUCUAAGGAUCUCAUUCUACCUAGUUGCAGUGAAUUAAAUGGAUAUUCGUCGUAUUUUCAGAAAUAUUUUAACCCGCAUACGGCUUUUAUUCAUCCUGAUUUUUUCCAAUUAGAUUUACCAUCUUUGAUGAAUUAUAUCAAUGAAGGUGAUACGAAUGAUGAAGAAGAUUCACAGUAUCUACAAUAUUCAAACAUUGCGUGUUUACCCCUCUUUGUGGCUACCGUUGGAUCCAUUUAUAAAUCAGGUUGUAACUCGAGAACUAUGGAACUUUACGAGAUUAGCCGCCGUGUUCUUCAUGUGUACUUGGAGAGACGUAAACAACAACAGAGACAACAAUCUGCUGGUGAAACCCCGAUGGAGGGAGUACGUUAUGAAAAUCGUCAACGAAUUUGGUUGAUACAAUCUUUGAUUUUAAGCAUCACCUUUGCACUAUUUGCAGAUUAUUUGGAAAGAAUGGACUCUGGAAUGAUUAAACGUCAAGUGAGUGCUAUUUGCUCCAUCAUCAAGGGUAAUUUCUUGAAAAUUAUCUCUAUCGAUUGUCAUGAAUUUUUUUCCAGCUACAAAGAUUUAACCUUCGAUAAUCCCUGUGAUUAUGUUUUCUUUGAAUCCAAAAUCAGAUGUACAUUAAUGGUUUACAAAAUUUGCCAAUUUCUCAAAAUUUUCUAUCGAGUUGGAUCUAAGCUUUUCCUCAAUGAAAAGGACUUGGAUCCUGUUUGUAUUCCUGAUGAUGAAUCUACUUGGCUGAAUAGUUCGUUAUUGGUCCCCAGCAAGUCCACGAAGAAAAAAUAUACUGUAGACUUCCAAAAAUUUUAUCACAGUUUCACUUUCAACAAUACUGGUAUGCAUUCAAUUCCCGAAUGCUUGACCACGGCUAUGUUGUACUAUGAAUUCAAUGAAAUUAAUUUUUCCCCAUUCCAUGUAUUUUUAACAAGAAUCGAUACCAAAAAAUUGGAACUCAAUCAGACACAGCUUUCACAGAUAGAUUCAGAUCCAAAUAUCGUUACAGCUCAUGAUAUUUUAAAUUCUGAUAGUAUCACUUUGAGGAAUUGUCUAAUGUCAAUGGUUUUUCUCACUAAGAUUGACGUUACAUUCGGUUCUAAAAUCUGGAACGGUAAAUUAAGGGAACUGUUUACUUCAUUUUUGGAUCCAUCAUCCAUUAACAUUUUAACAAAAGGUUCUUAUAGUCUCUUAACAGAUUUCCUAGUGGCAUUGAAUUUUUCCAUUAAAAAUGUGUCCCAUUUCCUUACUCUUAACGAAAAUGGUACUGCUAUCGAAUUGGAUAAGACAAACAUGUCUCUGUUCAACUGUCAAGGUUUUUACUGUAAUUUUCUCAUUUUGAUUAAAUUCAUCCUCGAUUUCGAAUGCACUCCAAAUUUUAAGUUACUGUGCAUCUUCACAGAGCUAAAGAAAUUAGCAAAUAAUCUAUUGAUCCCCAAGUAUUCUAACCUGUAUCCAAUGGAAUUUGCUAAAUUUCAAGAUGUUUCAUUGACCAAUACUUAUUUGCAGCACCAUCCAAAAUCGGAUGCAUCAGCCAAGUUUUCCACAAUCAAUGCUCAUAAAUUGGAAAAGUUGAUUAAUAACGUUUUGGUACAUGCAUUUAAUGAUGCAUCUUUCCUUAACAUGUCUGAGCAACCUACCAACGAAUUCCUAUUCAAUAAUAACCAUCCGACUUAUUACCCCUAUGCAUCACCAACAACUACAGCCUUUAACUAUGAAGAAAUUCAAUUCAAAAGUCCUUCUUCUCCAACUUCUAAUGAUAAUGAUUUCUUACCUUCUAAAUCAUCAGUUGAUCUACUUCGUUAUCAAAAUAACAACAGCGACAACAACGCGAACGAUAAUGUCGGCGGGAGUGUUAACUCAAACAACGAUGAAGGUAAUCUUUCCAAACAAGGAUUUGCAGAAAGGUAUCAACUCUCGGAUAAAUAUAUUGUCAUUGCCAAAUGUUUUUUCACCCACAUUAGAGAAAUAUAUGCCCAUUGUCACAUCUUUAAAAAAAUGAUUGCAGAUUUCCAACAAUUAGAGGAUUGUAUUGAUGAGAAAAGACGAAAAUCAAAUAUGUUUAAAAUGAGUCGAGAAGAUGGUUCCAACGCUACUAUGGCGAAAAAUGCUUCAUCUAAUAGCACCGUUACCAUGACAAAAAAUCACAGCUCAGGAGAUUUAAUUAACAAAUUUUUGCAAACACAAGUUUGA